GACGGCCGCUUGGCGCCAACGCUUGAUUAAUACCAUCUUCCAAUUUGUUCAUGCAUUCAGCAGAUUUUAGAUGCGAGUGUAUGCCGUUAUAAUCUGGUUAAAUGCUUUAUUAUACUGACUGUUGUCACGUCGUGUGGACGUGAAAUGUCGGAUCUUUAGAGGUUACCAGAAAGCAGCUUAGGAUAUUACUGAUACGGCGUGAACGGCUGUACAACGGGCUCGAACAGAGAGGCCGUCGUUUCGCAUGUGCUUGAAAAGCUGUAGUUCGAAAUUUCCAAUUCGUCGAGUCCGGCUCCUGCAAUCCUAUACUUUGUAGAACGACGUUGAACUAGUGGGCUGUUUUUGCCGACAUGUCUCGGAAACAAUCAUUUACUGAACAGUGACCGGAGGCUGUAUCAUGUUAUUUGCCCUAUCGUUACAUAUGUCUCCCUGUCCACGUAUUGACUGACUUGAACUUGGCUGUACUUUUGCGGAUUUCAACUCUAGAGAAAAAGUGUAACAAUGGGAAGUUCAAAUAAGCAGCGUUUGAAAAUAUUAGAACAUUUCUAAUUGCCGUUGACCGUCAUCAGCGAUCUAGUAAAUAUGCUAUAUUACUGCUAGUUGACUAAAACGAAUAUCGUCUAAUUCCGUCGUGCUCAUUGUCAGCAAACGUGGAAGAAAUAUCUGCGAACUUCAGAAGGUCUUCAUAUUUAGGUUUGAGUGAGUAAUGUUCUGUAAGUGUACAUGUGCCAUUGCAGUUUUAAAUGCGGAUGGACGAAGCAGCGCUACCUGGAGACAGCAACAACGUCUAUUAAAUCUUUACUGUAAUUCGUUGUAUUUUCGCACAGUAACUAUUAUUAUGAAGUGAUCCGACCAAUGGUAGAGGAAUGGAAACGAUGAACAAAAAAGAGCAAGGUCAAAAGCUCAUCUAGCCAGGCAAUAAUGACCUUACCUUUGUCGAUUACACAUAAAAUGAAUAUAUACAAAUAGCAUUUACUAUAAUCAAAUAACCGUUAAUAUCUGCUAGAAAAUGAUAUCUUUUUUUCCUCAUGUUACAGUUACUUGUGAUCCAUCGGGAUGUUCUCCAAUCGUUAAACGGCAUUGACAAGUCCGGAAACAGUGUUUCGUCGUUCUUCGUAGCUCGUCCAACACCUGACCACCGCAACUUGAUCUUGACCACGGUUGAUCGUAGACCCCGACGUGAAUCUCAUUUUAUCGGGGUAGCAUCGACUCGUGCUAAAAGAUCAAAAUGUUUCGACUUUACGCUAAAUCUCGACUCAUUUGAAAUUCAAAGCUAUUGCGAACAUUUCACCUGCGACCAAGUGCUUAUCGUCGAGGAUAAGAAACUCUAUGAGCAUAUCACUGGAGGUGUGCAAUCACUCCUAAAUUCAGUGAGUUCUUCAGCUGCUCUAACUGAGGCUCAUAUGGUCGCACCGACAGCGGGAACCUUUGGUACGGUUGACAACCAAGCCAGUAGCUUGGGGUCUCUCAGAAAGCUUGUGACCGAUACAGAAAUACCCAGCGAUACAUCUGGGAUUCCUGGCUAUAGCGCCACUGCCUUCUCGACUGCGGUCCCUAGCGAAACUGCUUCAGAAUCUACAAUCAGUAAAAGUGGUAGGCGUUCUGGAGCAACGUCUUAUCUGGAACAUCAUUCCGCUCUCGUUAAACUCGUCCUAGUGUUUCGUAGUUUUUCAGUAGGUAAGGAACUACUUAUUCUGUUACUGCUUGAUGCUCUAUUAGGGAUCUGGCUAGGACCUAGACUGUGUUGGUGGUGGCCAAGAGCUUUAGAGUCCGCUGUACCACAGGUUCGUCGCAUUGUUGCCUGGCUACGUGCUGGUACUCCGCUUGGCCUUAAGCUCAACCCGCAGGUAAACCAAGCGUUGGCCAAGUUUUUCACAUGCCACGUCAACAUGUGGCAUGUUUACGUGGACGUCAUGCUUCCGUCACUUCGGACGUUGACGGAUGCGGUUGCCGCUCGCCCCUGUCUUCCACUGUCGGUGCAGUGUUCGCUCAUUUGUGACAUCAUUACGUUGGCCACCGUUCACGUAUACUGCUUCUAUGGGUAUAUGUGCAAAAUUUAUUCGGUAUGGCUUAGCGCCCUAGUAGCUCUUCUGCGAAUUUUCCGUGGCCUCAAAUGGAACCCACUGCGCCAGCGUGUGGACUCUUUAGCUGAUUCCGAUCCUGUUUUGUUGGGACCGAUCAUUCUCACAAUACUUGUCUUUCUUUCGCCGACGGUGUUCUUAUAUUAUGUUGUGUUUUCAAUAAUGCGAUGCUGUGUUCUCGUCGUCAAUUUUUCCUUGGGCACUGUUACGCACGACAUGCAUGUUCUGUUAUUUAAUUUAUUAAAAUCGUUGACGUCGCAGCCCGUUAUUAACAUUCGAAAAACGAAGAUCGUGCGAAUAAACGAGUUUGCGUUGAAGGCUGAGGCCAGCUAUUCGAGAGGCACAGGAAAAUUGCUAAUGGCUGGUUUAAAACGAUUGAUCCGUCUAAAGGAACUGCUCACGUUUUGUCGAGAUCUGUGCGUAGGUAAAAUCGUAUAUCCUCUAUGAAAAAAUAUAUAUAUAUAGAUAUUAUAUGUAUAUAUUGUGCUUGUUAGGGUAUAUCAUGUGAGUGAAAGUUAUAACGUUGGAAUCCUCUUAGAAACAGUUCAAUAAAAAUGUAUUACUUUAAAUUAAUCGAAUGGGCGUGCUCCACUUGCUUAGUGAUUAUUAUUACUGUCAAAUAUAAUUUUUGCGUUAUCCAUCAUACGCGUCAAUAUUAUGUCUAAUACUUUUUGUGAAAUCAUUUUCUUCCAAAAGGUCAAUUUUGUAGGAAAAGUUUACCCGAAAGCGUGAUAUCGUACAGUUAUUCUAGUACCUGUGAAUGACUCCACUUUUUUUCUAUAAGCGCAUCGAAAUAAGUUUCCCCUCCAAUAAUAAAAACAGAAUAUAACCGACUUAUAACAUCCCUCUAAUACGUUUAGUUCCUGGUAAAAAAUAAUUUGUAGCUUUUACUACGGCCGGUUAUAGCUCCUUUAUGUGACUAUCGAAAUAAUUUUAAAAUGCAAUCUGUAUUCAGUAUAUCAAAUGCAUAUUUCAACGCUAACUUUCUUCUUUGACCAACUAUCGGUUGGCCUGUAUCUGGCUAAACAAUUGUUAACAAAAAUCACAAAGCUAAGAUAAAUGUGU